AAACGAGUCUUGAUCGUUCAAGAAACAGAAUCCUGGAACCAAACAGAAAACAAACAAAACGAUUACCAUAAACUUUCACGCUCGAAAGAGAUCGUCUCUCUUUCUCGCGCUCAGCUCUAACUUCUCCUUCUGAUUUCUCUCACCCCUUACUCUUAUUGUCUAGUGAAUCGCGCUCCAAUCCGUUUCCGUUUCGGGUCAGUAUUUUCAAUCAAUAAUUUGAUUUUGUUUCGUUUCAAAUGAUCAAUGUCGAGGAGACUUGCGAUAAUACCUCAGCAGUCGCCUCUCCUGAUCCGUUUGAUCUCUCGUCGCCGAAAUCAGACGAUGGCGGGAGCUCGCCUGCACAAUCAUCGCAGUAUUCCUCGUGCGGAGAAUCCGAAUUCGAGCGGUAUUGCAGUGCAAACUCCGUAAUGGAAACACGAAGUUUGUGCAGCUCAGUUGGGGCAUUUACUGAUUGCAUGGCAUCGGAGUUUUUUGGAUCUAUGAAGAGUGAUUUGGGGUUUGGAGAUGAUAAUGGAUUGGAGAAUUUUAGUUUUGAGCCGAACCUCAACCUUUCCUCUGCGAGAAAAGAUUGGUUAGGGAAUCGAAGAGUCGAGUUUUUAAAGGAUGAUAACGGUGAUGAGGGGAUUAGUUGUGAGUUGAGUGCUGACAUGUUUCAUCAAAAUACGGAGAGUACAGGUGCUCAAGGUGUAGGCUACGAUGGAAGUUAUGAGGGGAAUUUGAUGGGCUGUGACGUAGAUGGAGGAGGUUCUGUGCCCAAGUUGUUUGUCGAAGAGAGAGGGGGAAAUAUACUUGGAUCGACCGCAGAAUUGGAGGUGGGGUUUGGUGGAGUAGAAUUGGGGACAGAGGAAGAUGAGAACUUGUCGGUGCAUGAAUAUUCUGAUGACGACGGUUCAAUGUAUGGUGUAGAUGAUGAGGGUGAACAUAAUUUGUACUAUCCAAAGAAGGUACCGUAUCCACAAGAUGCGAAUGCCAGCCAUGAAAACCCCUUCCUUAUAAAUUCAUCUGUAGCUUUUGGUUCGGAGGAUUGGAAUGAUUUUGAGUUGGAAAGUGGAGCUGGUCCCCUGAUGCCUCUGAUAUUGGAUAAGGUCCAGGAGCGUGAAAAACAAAAUCCCGAAAGUGAAAGAAACUCCCCAGAGAUAUCAACUGUUAGUCAGCUAGAAGGAAAGGAUCAAACGGAUGUGUUGAUAGCUGGAGAACAAGUUCAAGUUGCUCAUCAUAUAGAUGUAAAUGUUAAUUCUGUUUCAGCGCCAACAUGCUUUCCGAUCUUUGGUAAACCUGAGCAGGUUGGAGAAGUGAAAGACAUUACCAUAGACAGUUAUCAGGUAAAAGGUGCUGAUGAAUUGGUUGACGAUAACAAAAGUUCUUCCAUCAGAACCAUUGGUGUUCGGGAGCUAUAUGAACCUGAGAGAGAUGUCAGAGACAUAUCUAUUUCUAGCAAUAAAGUCUGGGAUGUUUAUGAUGAGAUGAACUUUGAAAAAUUUUCUGUUAAGCUUGGGAUUUUUAAAGAUCAAUUUGACCCCCUGGCUGACAAUGAAGUUCAUAAAGUUUCUCCAACUUCAACAGAAUUCUCAGGGAAAUUAAAUGCCCAGUUUUCAGAAGAGUUUAAACCAAAGUCGAUGUCUUCGACUUUUGAAAACAUGAUUACAUCACAAAAAUUUCCUGCCCCAGAAGACCCCUUUGAAGUGCAUCCUGCACCAGUUAAGACAGGAAAUCUCGAGCUUAAUGAAUUUUAUGAUGAGUUUGUUCAUGACAUGCAAGAAAUUUUACUUGACUCUAGUGUUAAAUCUCUUGGGUCAAGGUUUCCUCAAGGUAAUCCAAUGUUUCAAUCACAACCAUCUCUACCUCUAAGAGAUGGAGGGCGAACUGCUUCUACUUCUGGUGCAGAUAAUUCCUACCCUCAAGUUUUGCGGCAAUCAAGAAUUGAUAGUAUUGAAGUUGUUGGCGCAAAGCAAAAGAAAGGAGAUGUCUCACUUAGUGAAAGAUUAGUUGGGGUGAAAGAAUAUGCCGUAUAUGUCAUAAGAGUGUGGAGUGGCAAGGACAAAUGGGAGGUUGAACGUAGAUACCGUGAUUUCUUUACCCUCUACCGCCGCUUGAAAUCAUUAUUUUCCGACCAGGGUUGGAUUCUUCCUUCUCCAUGGUCCUCUGUAGAGAGGGAAUCCAGAAAGAUAUUCGGGAAUGCAUCUCCUAAUGUUAUUGCUGAAAGGAGUGUUCUUAUUCAGGAGUGUCUACAAUCUGUCCUCCGUUCAAGGUUUUUUUCCAGUCCCCCAAGCGCAUUAAUUUGGUUUUUAUCUCCUCAAGAUUCAUGCCCCAGUUCCCCUGCAUCCAAUGCACUAGUGUCUCAGUCUACGGUUUUCAACAGAGGCAUAGAUACAGAAACCAUUUCCAGUUUGGGAAAGACUAUAUCACUUAUUGUUGAAAUUCAACCACAUAAAUCAAUGAAACAAUUGUUAGAAGCACAACACUAUACUUGUGCUGGAUGCCAUAAACACUUUGAUGAUGGAAUGACUCUAAUGCGAGAUAUUGUACAGACAUUUGGGUGGGGAAAACCCCGACUUUGUGUAUAUACUGGUCAGUUGUUUUGCUCUUCGUGUCAUACAAAUGACACUGCAGUUUUGCCAGCAAAAGUUUUGCAUCAAUGGGAUUUUGGUCAAUAUUCAGUUUCCCAAUUGGCUAAAUCAUAUCUGGAUUCUAUUCAUGACCAGCCAAUGCUCUGUGCUAGUGCAGUUAAUCCUUUACUAUUCUCAAAGGUGCCAGCCCUGAAUCAUGUCAUGGGCAUUAGGAAACAGAUAGGAACUAUGCUUCCAUAUGUUCGCUGCCCAUUCCGUAGGUCAAUCAACAAAGGACUUGGGUCUCGAAGAUAUCUUCUUGAGAACAACGAUUUUUUUGCACUUAAAGACCUGAUUGAUCUAUCCAAAGGAGCAUUUGCAGUUCUUCCUAUGAUGGUUGAAAAUGUUUCAAGAAGAAUUCUGGAGCAUAUUACGGAGCAAUGUCUCGUAUGCUGUGAUGUAGGAGUAGCGUGUGGUGCUCGACAAGCAUGUGAUGACCCAUCCUCCCUUAUAUUCCCUUUUCAGGAAGGUGAGGUUGAAAAAUGUUUGUCUUGUGAAUCAGUCUUCCAUAAGCCUUGCUUUAGGAAGCUCACAAAUUGUCCGUGUCUCAAGGUGGUUGAUCUUGUUGGAUCCUCUAACAUGGCCAAUGGUAGUGUCGAUGGUGAGGGAAACAGAGGACUGGAUGUGUUGGGGAGGAGACUGGGUUCUGGGCUGCCUGUGGGAUUCCUCUCUAGUUUAUUUUCUAAGACAAAGAGUGAGAGGCUGGAACGCAAGGAUAGUGACACUGUCAUUUUAAUGGGUUCUUUGCCAAGUAAUACCUUGUAGUUUACAAUCUUUAGUGUAUCAUUUAUCUUUUAGCUUGAUUUUGUAUUUUAGUGGCCAAUUUGUUGAGAACUUGUAUGGAAGUUGAAUAAGGAUAUAAGUAAACUAUAUCUUUGCGUCCAAAUAUAUAAGGUGGGAUGCUGCACCCUUUCACAUUUUGUCCCUUCUUUUCUUUGUAAACAAUAGAAAAAGAAAUCUUUGUGGAGUCAGAUUCUUUU